AUGGAAAGGCAGCAACCUUCACCAAAUGGAAUCCAAAGAAGAUACAAACUCAACCCCAAAGAGGAUGCGAUCAUUGAUGCACGACUUACGGAAUAUGAGUUAAACAACCAUCAAUCUCAAUUCUAUUUUACCGGAAAAAUAUACUUUCAAGAUGGUAAAGAGAAGGAUGUUCGAUUUUUUAAGUUUAAAAAAUCGGAAGAACGCUUAGCCAAGAAAAUAUUUUUCCAAACUUCCAAGUCAGUUUAUGGGAGAGUCUUGAAAGCUCACUUUGCAACUUACUAUGAGCCACAAGAAUUAUGGAUUUUGUGUUAUGAUUGGUUCGAUUAUCUUCUAGACGAAAUGCAAGAUGAUAAUGAUCUCAAGAAGAAAGCGAGCAGUGAGGAUUCCGAUAUUCUGUCAUUUUGGUGGGGCAAUGAGAUUCGGAACCUUUUACGAACGAUAAAACAUAUACAUUCUCAUAAGCUUUUUCAUAUGGGUUUGAACAAAAUGGAGAAUUACGUUGUUGUUGACGAUCAAAUCAAGAUUAUUAACAUCCAAAGUAGUUUUGCAGACUUCGAGGACAUUGAGAAUACUAGAAAACUAAGGACAUUGAGAAUCGAUGACUUAAAAGCACUGAGGAACAUGUUAAAAGAAAAAAUACUGUUGCCAGGAGUUCCUUGGAUUGAUCGUGAUUAUUUCUUUGUUUUCUUUGACAAUGUCAAAUAUGAGUACCCUACGUUUGUCAAUAAACUAGCAAGCCAUCCCUUUUUAUUGACUCCUGAAGAAAGAAUGGCGUGUUUUAGGAAUAUACUGCACAGAUCCACAGAUGAAAGUGAGUUGAAGGGAAUAUUAGAUGGUGAGGCACUCCAAAGGUAUAGAAACUGGAAUAGGUUUGAAGAGAUGAGUCGUCGGUUCCGAAAGGUUUAUAAAUGUUCAAAAUAUGAUGGUGAAUGUGUAUGGGAUCUUCUUAAAUUUUUGAAAGAUGUAGAUCUCGAUCUUCCUCCUGAAGCUGCGGAUACUGAGAUCAUGGCAUAG